UACAUUUUGUAUCUACACACACAUUAUACACCAUAUAACGGCGCGGCGGGAGUGAAAUUCCGGCGAGCAGCAAGAAAGUUGUCAGACGCGGCGGCGGCGCGUGAUGAGCAAUCUCUACGCGGCAGUCCAUUACUGGCUGGUGGACCACCCGUCCAUCAGCCAGUACGAAUGGAAGCCCGGCCAGACCGUCGGAUCGUCGCCGCUAUUCCUUGCCGGCGCCGUCGUGGGCUACCUCGUCCUGACCCUCUCCCUCCGCAACUCCCGGCACUUGCCGACGCUCCCCGCGGCGGCCCUGGCGGUGGCGGCGGCGGCGCACAACGUGAUUCUCUGCCUGCUGUCCCUGGUGAUGGUGAUCGGCUGCGGCCUCGCCACCGCCCACCAAAUGCAGGAGAACGGCGGCGUGACGUGGCUGCUCUGCUUCCCCGCCGGCAGCACGCCGCCGCGGGGGCCGAUCUUCUUCUGGGGCUACGUCUUCUACCUCUCGAAGCUUCUGGAAUUCGCCGAUACGGCGCUGAUCCUCCUGAGCCGUUCGCGCAAUCGACGGCUCUCGUUCCUCCACGUGUACCACCACGCGGUGGUGCUGGUGAUGUGUUAUCUCUGGGUCGCCACGUCACAGUCGAUGUUCCCGAUCGGCGUCGUCACCAACGGCUCCGUCCACGUCGUCAUGUACUGCUACUACUUGAUGACCGCCGUCGGGCUGCGGCCGCGGUGGAAGCGCCGCCUGACCGACUGCCAGAUCGGGCAGUUCCUGUUCGGAAAAGUCAUCUCGCCGGUGAUGCUUUACCUCCACUUCACCAACGGCGCCGGCGGCUGCUCCGGCUUCUGGACGUGGGGAUUCAGCUCCGUCUUCGCCGUUUCGCUUUUCGCACUGUUUCUUGAUUUCCGUUUCCGGGCAUAUCCCGGCGGCGGCGCCGCCAAGAUCGCCGCCAAUAAAACUAUUUGAAUUAAAUUAAUUAAUUAGUCACUGGAACGUCUUUCAUUGUUGUUAUUAUUAUUAUUAUUAAUAUUGUUAGUCAUUUCGAUCACCUGGAAAUCAAAUAAACGAAUAUAAUAUUAUGCUUAAUUAAUGAAGAUAAUUUGUAUCCUUUAUUACUA